AUGUCUUUUCAUACAAUAGGAGGAGGAGACACCUUAUUUACCCAGACAGCUAAUGCAGCAGCAGCAGCAGCAGCAGCAGCAGGUGCAGCAGCAGCAGCAGGAGGAGCAGGAGACCAUGUAAAUAUCCCUCCAUGGCAGCAGCAGCAGCAGCAACAACAACAACAACAACAACAACAAGCUGCUGCCCCUCCUAAUGUCUCCUUCCAGCAGCAAGCAGCAGCAGCAGCAGCAGCAGCAGGAGCAGCAUCUGCUGCUGGAUCAUCAUCUAUGCUGCAGCAUGAGUUGCUGCAGCAGCAACUGCAGCAUCCUCCAGUGUCUCAUCAGCAGCAUAUAUCUAUAAAACAGCAGCACAACAGCAGCAGCAGCAGCAGCAGCACACUAAGGAAAGAAAGGAGACAGGCAGCAUUAUUAGCAAUAAGGAGACAGCAAAGGGAGACAGCAAAAAAUAAUAAAAGAUUAAUAUUAACAAUAAAAGGAGACACCCCUCCUCCUCCCCAACCAUUAAGGCCCUUAUUAGGUUUCCUUUAUUCCUUGCUGCAGCAGCAGCAGCAACAGCAACAGCAGCAGCAGCAGCAGCUUGGUGGCGCGGGACAGGAGCAGCUGCUGCUGCAGUUGCUGCAGCAGCAAAUGCAUUUGCUGCAGCAGCUGUUUGCUCUUAUGUAUUCUUAUCCUUAUCUUGUUGAUGCUCUAGCUAAUGAUGCACCUGCUGCAGCAGAUGCAGCAGCAGCAGCAGCAACAGGAACACCAGCAGCAGUAGCAGCAGCAGGGACAGCAGCAGCAGCAGCAGCAGAUGCUGCUGCUGCUCCUCCCUUUCAAGGAGACGCACAAAGUCUCUUUGUCCUCGUGCUGCAGCAGAAUGUCCCUAUCUAUGAACGGUGUCUUGCUGCUAUACAGCAGCAGCAGCAGCAGCAGCAGCAGGAAGUGCAGCAGCAACUGCAGCAGAACGAGAUGUUGCUGCUGCAGCUACUAGCUGAUGCAUGCGGCUGCUUAGGGGAAUGUGCUGCUGCUGCACCUGUAGAUGAGAAGACAGUGCAGCAAGCAGUCCCUUUGCUGCUGCCCCUAGUAGAUCCUACACACCAGCAGCAACUGCAGCAGCAACUGCAGCAGCAGCAGCAGCAGCAGCAGCAGCUGGUACAGCGCCAUAUCCCUGACUUAGGAGGAGGUGCAGCAGCAGCAGCAACACCAGAAGCAGCAGCUGCAGCAGCAGCAGCAGCAGCAGCAGAAAUAGAAGCACUUGUGCAGCAAGUUGUUGCACUAGAGGCCUUGCUGCAGGUAGAGCUGCAGCAGCAGCAAGCGCUGCUGCACUGCAGCGCAGCAGAUGCCCGUCGUGCUGCUGUCUCUGAGGUCUUAUGGUGUCUUAGUGUAGAGCUUAGAUCCUUGCUGCUGCACUAUCCCCAGCAGCAGCAGCAGCAGCAACAGCAGCAGCAGCAAUGCGGCAAUCCUGCUGCUGCUGCUGUUGCUGCUGCAUGCCCUAGGCUAGGAGAAACGUUGCUGCAGAUAGCAGAGAUGGCCCUUCAAGGUGCAGAUAGAGCCAAGCAGCAGCAGCAGCAGCAGCAGCAGCACGAGCAGCAGCAGCAGCAGCAGCAGCGGCACCAGGAUGGAGACGCAUACCUAAGGGAACGUCUGCAGCUAACGGGAGCAGAUGGCAUCGUACCUGCCUUACAGAGUCUAACUGUAUUGUGCAGCAGCUGCCGCAGCAGCCGCUGCAGCAGCAGCAGCAGCAGCAGCAGCAAUCCUUUAUGGCAGCAGCAGCAGCAGCUAACGGAGGGACAACUUGCUGAUCGUUUAAUUUGUCUCCUUAAGGAUCUCCUUAAUAGAGAUGACCACAGGGGUGUCCUACAAGCUGCACUUUCUCUGGUUUGUUCUCUUGCUGCAGGACCACCACAACAGGAGGAUGUAGCAAUAAAUUUAUUACCUCUUGUUGCUUCUGUCUUUCAUAGGAAUAUUUCCUUUGAUAUAAGAAGAGUAGGAGGGUUUCUUGAUCUAUUACAACAAUCUAAAUAUGAUCUUACUUCUGUUAUGAUAGCAUUAGAUUUUAUUGGUGGUGUAUUAGAGAGAGAGCCAAAGACAAGAGAAGAAGUCUAUAGGAUGGAUGGCAUUGCUAAACUAGAGAGUGUUCAAUUCCUUCAUAAUGAGGCGACUGAUAGGAGAGUCUCUAAUAUCAUCUCCGAAUACUUGGACGGAUUUAGCGAGGACGAAGAGGGACCUUAG